AUGCCCCCCUUUGACAUACAUGCCGCCUUCCACCGCAUCCUCGCCGACGCCCAGAUAUCCGCUCCCCUCGCUGCCAUCUUUGCUCUCACUGAGCUCAUCCAAAACUCUGAUGCCGGAACCAUGUUCGAGCUCGUCAAGGCCCUCAACGACGGUGCAGAGGCCCUCACCCGCCAGGCUACAAAUCCAAUCAGCAUAAACGCCGGUUGCGAGCUUUUCAUCGCGUUUGUCACCCUCUUUCCCCAUGAUUCGGCCAAUUUCACCGAUCUUAAAAAAGAGCUCAUCCGCCAGGGUCAGAACUAUGCUGCAGAGGCUCUUACCUACCGCAAAAAAAUCGCAGAGCUCGCUUUCGGUUUCAUCAAGGACGGCUCGGUCAUUCUCACCCAUUCUUACUCUCGGGUCGUCAUGCAAACUCUCCUCUUGGCUCAUAAACGAAAACGCAUCUCAGUCUUCGUCACAGAAGCUCGUCCUCGAGGUCUGGGCAUUAAGACUGCCGAAGAGCUCACAGCCGCGGGUGUACCGAGCACUGUUAUACUGGAUUCCGCAGUCGCAUAUGUCAUGGACAAGGUAGACUUUGUCCUCGUUGGCUCGGAGGCUGUUGUCGAAUCAGGUGGUCUUGUGAAUGCCGUUGGCAGCAAUCAAAUCGCUAUCAUCGCUAGAGCAGCCAACAAACCCUUCUACGCCCUUGCUGAAAGCUACAAAUUCCAUCGCCUUUUUCCGCUAUCACAAUACGAUCUACCUAGUCAUAAUUCAAAAAUCCUUUCAUUUCCCCGUCCUCUCCCAGUCAAUCUCCCUUCUACAAUAAACUCCUUAACUAAACAGCCCUCCUCCGACUCUUCCACCUCUGAUAGCAGCCAUCCGGAUCCCAUUUCUCCUCCAAGAAUAACCCAGGAGCAAAUUUCCGAAAACAAUCCCGAUGUGGACUAUACUAGACCUGAUCUAAUUUCUCUUGUGUUUUCGGAUGUGGGAAGUUUAACGCCGGAGGGCGUUAGCCAAUACCUCGUCGGCAUGUUUGCAGGAUGA